UCCAGCUCUUUUCCCGCGAACUUCCACAGUGUGUGUAGCUGCAGCAGACUCAUAGUUACUCCAGAGCCAUUUACUGCUAACACCACCACAAUGCGUCCCAAGCGUCAGCAGGCCCCGCCCCCUUCAACGAGAAUGAACCUGAGGAGUUAUCGGAACUCGUCACUGGUCCCCAUGGAGACCUCUUCAUCUGAGGACAGCUGUGACAGCUUUGCUUCUGAUGGCUUUGCACCAAUGAAAAGACCUCUUAGACAGACGAGAAGCUCGGCUCGGCAGGAAAAACUCUUAGAAACUCCUGUGUCAGAAGAGGAAGGCUGCGGUGGUUUUGAGGAAAGUGACUUCAGUAAUGAGAUGAGCACCAUGAAAAUGGAUUCAGACUCCGAUUCAGAACCACCUAAAAAAUCUCGUCGCUCCUUCACUCUUCGCGUGGCCAUGAAGUUUCCUGCCAAAACUGUUACUCCUCCAAAGAAAUCCAAAGAAAGUCCCGAACCGGCUCCUAAACCCAAAGGCCCAGAAUUAGAUUCUGAAGAAGAGGACUUCAUUGCAAAGAGAGCACUAAAUAUUAAAGAAAACAAAGCUAUGCUGGCUAAACUAAUGGCAGAGUUAAAUAAAGUCCCUGGAAUAUUCCCUAAGAAGACACCUCUUGCUGCAGGCAAUACACCUACCCGUGUGCCCCGUCGUUCUAUAGGAACCCCUGGAACUCGCAGACAGAAUCCAGAACGUUUGUCAAGGAUUCACACACGUUCACGCUCACUGGUGGAUGGCCCUCCUACUCCUGAAGAAGACCCCGAGGACAAGUUCAGCCUGGUACGCAGGGCCAGACAAGACGAUGAUGAUGAUUAUGAACCGGAGCCACGUCGUCGGCGCACCUACAAUGGCGUACUUGCCAUCCCUCAUGUGGUAAGACCUGUGGAGGAGAUUACCCAGGCGGAGUUGGACAAUAUUUGCACUAAUGUCAGAGAGAAGGUCUACAAUCGUGCCACAGGUAGCACCUGUCACCAGUGUCGCCAGAAGACAGUCGACACCAAGACUAACUGUCGCAACCCUGAGUGUGUUGGAGUCAGGGGUCAGUUUUGUGGUCCCUGUUUGCGCAACCGUUAUGGAGAGGAAGUUCAUGAUGCACUUUUGGACUCGGAUUGGCGAUGCCCCCCUUGCAGAGGCAUUUGUAACUGCAGCUUCUGCCGGGCCAGAGAGGGGCGCUGUGCUACAGGUGUGCUAGUCUACCUGGCCAAAUACCAUGGCUAUGACAAUGCUCAUGCUUACCUGAACAGCCUAAGGAAGGAGCUGGAAGAGAGUGAGUGAAAAUGCUGAUUCUGAUGAUUUUAAAUCUGUUUCCUGUUUUCAUCUUUGUUCCGUUUGCUUAGAAUUUGGUUCAGGAUCAUUAUACGUAUUAUGCAAGUUUGUGCCUUAUGAGUAGGCAGUUGUUAAUGGACUGCCUGAGGUGUUCGUUUACAUUGUUUUAAAUGGAUCAUUGCUAAUCAUUGAUUGUAGAGACUGCUGUGUUAAAGAUUACUGUAAAUGUGCUUCUAAUAAGUUUCAGCUUUUAAACUGGUGGUGGUGGUUAAAAUUUCAUCGCUUCAACUGUAGCAGAGAAUUAUUUCAAUUGUUAAACCUAGCACAAUUUCUCAAACCAAUAAAAGCUUUUUAUUUUCUAUUUUUAA